AUGUCUUGGUUUCCUUUGCCCGUCCCGGGACACGCGGUGGGCCUUGCCCGCCCGUCCGGGACACCCCGCAUCCCUGGGACACGCGGCGGGCCUCGCCCGCCCGUCCAGGGACACCCGCAUCCCGGACACGCGGGGGCCUCGCCCGCCCGCCAGGACACCGACGGGCAUCGGCCCGCCAAUCCCAGGACCCACGCGGCGGGCCUUGCCCGCCGUCCCCGGGAACCCGGCUGGCCUGCCCGCCUUUUCCCGGGGCAACGGGCCGGCGCGGCCUUUGCCCGCCCAUCCACGUGGACACGCGCGGGCCUCGCCUGGCCGUUCACGGGGACACCCAGGCCCAGGCCUCUGCCCGCCGUCCCGGGACACCCGACGGUGGGCCUCGCCCGCCCAUACCCAGGACGUCCCACAGCGGCGUGGGCCUUGCCCGCCCGUCCCGGGACACCCGGCUGGCCUUGCCCGCCUGUCCCGGGGCACGCGGCGGGCCUUGCCCGCCGCAUCCGGGACACGCCGGGGCGGGCCUCGCCUGCCCCGUCACUGGGACCACGGCAGCCUCGGCCCGCCCGUCCCGGGACACGGCCCCGGCAGCCUCGGGCCCGCCCGCCCGUCCCGGUACACCUACGGCUUCGGGCCUGUCACGCCCGCCCGGUCCCGUGGCACACCUGGCGGGCAUCGCCCGCCCGUCCCAGGUGCAUGCGGCGGGCCUCGCCCGCCCGUCCCGGGACACGCGGCGGGCCUCGCCCGCCCGUCCCAGGGCAUGCGGCGCCUCGCCCGCCCGUCCCGGGACACGCGGCGGGCCUCGCCCGCCCAUCCCCGGACAUGCAGCGGGCCUCGCCCACCCGUCCCGGGAGAUGCGGCGGGCCUCGCCCGCCCGUCCGGGACACCUGGCGGGCCUCGCCCGUCCCCCCGCCCGUCCUGGGACACCCAGCGGGCCUCGCCGCCCGUCCCGGGACACGCGGCGGGCGCCGCCCGUCCCGGGGCACGCGGCGGGCCUCGCCCACACCGUCCCGGGGCACGCGGCGGGCCGCGCCAGCCCGUCCCGGGGCACGCGGCGGGCCUCACACCGCCCGUCCCGGGGCACGCGGCGGGCCUCGCCCGCCCGUCCCGGGGCACGCGGCGGGCCUCGCCCGCCCGUCCCGGGGUAGCGGCGGGCAGGGCCUCGCCCGUCAGUCCCUGGACGCGCGGCGGGCCUCGCCCGCCCGCCCAUCCCGGGACACGUGGCGGGCCUCGCCCGCCCGCCCGUCCCGGGCACGGCGGCGGCCUCGCCCGCCCGUCCCAAGGACACGUGGCGGGCCUCACCCGCCCGUCCCGGGACACCUGGCGGGCCUCGCCCCCGCCCGUCCCAGGGCAUGCGGCAGGCCCUCGCCCGCCCGUCCCGACGGACGCGGCGGCCUCGCCCGCCCGUACCAGGGCAUGCCCGGGCGGGCCUCGCCCGCCCAUCCCGGGACACGCGGCAGGCCCUCGCCGCCAGUCCCGUACACGCGGCGGGCCUCGCCCGCCCGUCCCGGGGCAGCGCGGCGGGCCUCGCCCGCCCGCCCAUCCUGGGACACGCGGCGGGCCUCGCCCGCCCGCCCAUCCUGGGACACGCGGCGGCCGCGCCAGCCUGUCCCGGGGCACGCGGGCCGGGCCUCGCCCGCCCCGUCCCGGGGGCCGCGGCCCGGGCCCCUCGCCGCCCGCUCCCGGGGCACGCGGCGGGCCUGCCCCGCCCAGUCCCUGGACCCUUUUUGGGGCUUUCCCCCUUUCACUCCGCGCGGCGGCCUCGCCCGGCCCGGCCCAUCCCGGGACACGCCUGCGGGCCUCGCCCGCCCGCCAGUCCAGGGAACGCGGCGGCCUCGCCCGCCCACCCGGUCAAGGGACACGCGGCGGCCUCGGCCCACCCAUCCCGGGACCAUGCGGCCCCGGGACCUCCCGCCCACGCCCGUUCCCGGGGCACGCGGCGGGCCUCGCCCGCCCGCCCAUCCCGGGACAGCGGGCCUCGCCCGCCCCGCCAUUUCCCGGGAACCACGCGGCGGGCCUCGCCCGCCCACCCUCGGCCCUGGCCUCCUUGCCCCGCCCUCCCCGUCUCCGUGGGACAUCGCGGCGUGCCUUGGCCCUCCUGGGCCCUUCCCGGACAAUAGAUCCCAAAACGCGGCUGCCCUCGCCCACUCAUCCCGGGACAACAAUGCGGCGGGCCUUGCCCACCCGUCCCGGGACGACUGCUGGCGUCCUUCCCCGCCAGUCCCGGACACGCGGCGGACCUCGCCCGCCCAUCCCCGGACAUGCGGCGGGCCUCCGGCGCCCACCCGUCCCGGGAGACGCGGCGGGCCUCGCCCGCAUCCAUCCCGGGACACGCGGCGGGCUUCGCCCGCCCGUCCCGGGACACCUGGCGGGCCUCACCUGCCCGUCCCGGUACACCCUGGCGGGCCUCGCCCGCCCGUCCCAGGGCAACGCGGCGGACCUCGCCUGUCCGUCCCGGGACACCCGGGCGGGGGCCUCGCCCGCCCGUCCCGGGACACGCGGCGGGCCUCGCCCGCCCAAUCCCCGGACAUGCGGCGGGCCUCGCCCACCGUCCCGGGACACGCGGCGGACAGCGGCGCGCCCCCCGUCCCGGGACGCGGCGGGCCCGCCCGCCCGUCCCGGGACACUGCGGCGGGGCCUCGCCCGCCCGUCCAGGGGGGGGGCACGCGGCGGGCCUCCCCCGCCCGUCCCGGGGCAACGCUGGAGGGCCUCGCCCGCCCGUCCCCGGGGCACGCGGCGGGUCCUCGCCCGCCAGUCCCGGGGCACGCGGCGGGCCUCGCCGCCCGUCCGGGGCACGCGGCGGGCCUCGCCUGCCAGUCCCGGGACGCGCGGCGGGCCUCGCCCGCCCGUCCCGGCUAA